AUGGCGUCUCUCGCCCUACGACCAGCGAACGUGUCGGACGAAGCCAAGAACCCCGCGAACGUCAAUGACAAUACCAACGGCGAUGCAUCAGCACCUAUAGAUGGAGAUGUAGCCAUGGAAGACGACAUAGACGAAUCACUACUCCGCGAUCAAUUACGCCAGCAACAAGAUGAACGUGCACAACGACUCCAGGCAAAGAACAGGCGCAAGCGCUACCUCGAAGUACAUCCCGAAUACUUUUCCGACUCGUCACUCGAACUCGCCGAUCCGCUGCUUUAUGACCGCCUCAUACGUCGCUUCCAAACCGCAUCCGAGCGCGAAGCCGAAGGGCGCAAGAAGGGCUUCUCUGGCCAGAUGGCCACCGAUCUGUGGCGCGCCGAAGCAAAGAAAGACGCACUUUCACAGCCAGACCCAAAUUCACUCUUCACAUACAACCGUGGACCUCAGGGGCAGAUAAUGGAGGAGGACAAGGAUGAUGUACCUAUGACGAAAGAGGAAGGGAGAGCGUGGUGGGUAGACGAGAUGACACAACGCUUUCUAAGAGGCGGAGACGAAGACUUUGAGUACGAUAAGUUGGUGGACAAGAAUCCCAAGUACGACGAUCCUGAGCAGGAGAGAGAUCUGGAGGAUGCCUAUUUUGAAAGUAUGGAGAGUGACUUUGACUCGGAUGGAGAGGGGAAGGAGAAGGUAUUGACGGGUGAAACGGGCAUACAAGACUACUGA